GACCUGAGUCAGUAAAAGGAGUCGUUCAAAAAUAACGAAUCGUUCGUGAACUGCACAUCACUACAGUAACGUUAGAGCGGGAAGUCCGGAAGUCAUUUCUUCACCAAAGGAACAACAACAUCCGCGGGCUAAAUUUGAAAAAAGUAUUUGUCGAAAAUUGCUACAUAUUUUCUAAGGUUGACCCCAUCGCUCUUACGAAUGAAUCCGUGGGACAUUGCUCCAUAUUCAGUGACACCAGUUGCAAGUCUUUUGACCAGAUGCGUCGCCUCGGGUGUUCUUUCCCAGGAGGAUGUUGAUUCUGUCCCUAGAGAACCCCACGUCUUUUCCCCACAUCUCCUGGAAGCUGAACAGCUCAUCACUAUGGAACGGGAGCUUGACAAGAUCAAUCUAGAAAUGGAGUUGUUGAAGUUGGAAAAAGAAAGCGCAGAUGUCACUCACAAAUUUUAUUUGAGUCAAAGGUUUACAUCAUUGCAGCAAUUCACCUCCCAUCUACAAGAUGUGCUGAGAGAACAGGCAAGCCUGCGCCGAAGACUGAUGAAACCACUGUGUCAGACUAACCUGCCCGUAGAGGCAGAUCUUCACAGAUAUGUGGUGGAGGUCAUGAGGAUGGUGGUGGACUUCAUUGAGAACUUGGAGGCAAAGAUAAGCACUGUUCGUUCUAUUCCCACCAUUGAUGAUUCCAUGAGCAAUCUGAACAAUGGCAUAGCUCAGCUCCUAGCCCAGGUGACAGAGGUGGAAAGACUCUCUAAACAGAUUCUACAGUGGAGAAGUCAAAACAGCAGCACUUCCAUCAAUGACAUCACUACCUGAGAGCAAGGCCCCAGCGAGGUUCGAACUCGCGACCCCUGGUUUACAAGACCAGUGCUCUACCACUGAGCUAUGGAGCCGGUUGUUGAGGUAAGAAUGUAUUGGCAUUUGAUCACGUGAUGUCAUAGAGCCAUUUCGGACUAUUUUACUUCAAAUUCGAAAUAACCAACACUUCCUAUGUCUAACUACACCGCACAUAUUCAGCUAGCAAGGCUAUCUUGUGGAAACGAAAGCUGCGUGCCAAUGUCGGACAUUUUCGCUGUUCAGUCCGAUUUUGCCACCACCGUCGUGUAUUGGCUAGCAAACUAAUUACAAAAGUUUAUAAUAAAAAAACUAUAAAUGGAAUAUAUAUAAAAUUACAAUUAUUUACAAUGAUGGCCUGGCAGAGCUCUAACUUGAGUGAUGCAGAGGUCCAAGGCACUGCAUGUCACUGCAAGAGGUGUCACAAGAGGCUCUGGUUCAAAUCCAGGCUGUAUCACAUCUGGAUGCGAUUGUGAGUCCCAUAGGGUGGUGCACCAUUUCCCCCCUGUUUUUUCCAGGUUUGGUUGGGGUACGCCGUCAUUGAAAAUAAGAAUUUGUUCUUAACUGACUUGCCUAGUUAAAUAAAUAAAACCAAUUGUGCACUACCCUAUGGGACUUCCAAUCAUGGCUGCUUGUGAUACAGCCUGAAAUUGAACCAAGGUCUGCAAUGGUUCCUCUAGCACUGAGAUGCCUUAGACUGCUGUGCCAUUCAGGAGGUGCAUCCAAAGUGUAUUUCCCUGUAACAUGCCAUUGUUUAUGAAAGUUUAUGAAAUAAACAUGUCUUCAACCCCCAUAUCACACACUCACGUACUUAAAUCAUAGUUGUGUGUACAUCAGUGGAGGAAGGGGAGGACCAUCCUCAGUGAAUUUAAUAAAAAAUACAAAUAAUGAAACAUUAAAGUUAUAAUUUUUAGACAGAACUAUACUAAAUACACUGCUCCAAAAAAUAAAGGGAACACUUAAACAACACAAUGUAACUCCAAGUCAAUCACACUUCUGUGA